AUGCAAGAUCAAGCUGAAGCUUCCCCCUCGCAUCGAUGCGAUGACGUCCCCGAUACCAUAUCAACCUCUCGUUGGUAUGAGUGCUUAUUGCGUGGGAAACGGGAGCCCCCAUCGAAUGCAACGCGAUGUGAGCGUCUGCAGGAACAGCUGCUCUGCCCUCCUGGAAUCAAUUUGGGUCGUGUGUAUGCGUUCGUCUUGGCCGUUCCGCUGGUCUGGUUGGCCGGAUAUGGACUCACGGGUCACGAGAUGCUCCUCGAUGGGAAUCUUUUCAAGCUAUAUAUCCUAUUCUUCACCUGUCUCCUGGCUGGAUCGCUGACGGAGAUCACUGGUCUACCCGGCCUCCUUGGAAUGCUGGUCGUCGGGAUGGUGUUGGGUAACCUGGAGCGUCAGACCGCCUGGACCCAGCAACCGCUCAAGCAGGACUGGGCUAGCAAGACUCGAGGCCUCGCCUUGUUCAUCAUUCUCAUCCGUGCGGGGCUUCUGCUUAAUCCAGAGCAGUUGAGGCGGUUGAGGCUGAUGGUGAUUCGAUUGGCGUUUCUGCCGUGCAUCGUCGAGGCGAUCUCGGUGGCCUGCUUCUCGAAUUUAAUCCUCGGUCUUCCCUGGACUUGGGCUUUCAUGCUGGGAUUCGUGUUAGCUGCCGUCUCCCCUGCCGUUGUCGUGCCUUGCAUGCUUAACAUACAAGCGCGAUGCUAUGGUGUCGAAAAGGGUGUACAGACGCUGCUUGUUGCAGCAGCCUCCAUCGAUAAUGUCCUCGCUAUUUCUGCUUUUGUCGUCUUCUUGAGCAUCACCUUCUCUCAGGGUUCGAUCAUCAAGAAGAUCUUCAUGCCCUUUGCAGAAGUCACGGUCGGACUUACCUACGGCAUCAUCCUCGGCAUCAUUUUCUGGUUCAUCCCGAAUCACAAAGAUAUUCUUGCCGUAGCAGAGAUCCGCUCCUUAUUGCUGAUGAUCGGUGGCAUCACAUCUUAUUUUGGAAGCAUGGCCAUCGGAAUGCACGCAGCUGGUGCUCUGGGAGUGGUGACGCUGGCAUUUGUGGCCAGCAUCGGUUGGCGGCGUCAAGGCUAUGGUGACAACAAUCCUGUCUCGCUCGUCUUUGGUUACUUCUGGCUCGUCUUCCAGCCUCUUCUGUUCGGUCUCAUCGGGACUGAGAUCGACUUCGUUCAGCUCAAACUUACCACUGUCGGCUAUGGGCUCAUAAUCCUCUUCGUUGGCCUUUUCUUUCGGUGCUCUGCAGCGUUUCUUGCUGUUUCAGGUGGUCAUUUCAAUUUAAAAGAGAAGGUGUUUGCAGCGAUCGCAUGGUCGCCCAAGGCCACAGUGCAGGCAGCGAUCGGCCUCACGGCUCUGGAUACGGCCGAGGCCAUGAGCAAUCCGAAUCCCCAGCAUAUCGAAUGGGGUCGGGAGAUCCUCACGAUUGCCGUCAUGUCUAUCCUGGUUUCGGCUCCCAUUGGGGGGAUCUUCAUUGAAUGCUGUGCCUCCAAGCUACUGGAGAAGUCGAAGGGCGCACCGACGGCUCUCGAGACGGUUCCUCGCAAGUUGGAUGAUGCCCCAGCCGCACCCCCGAUGCAUGCAUCCGAUGCUUCUAUCGCCAUGGAGCAGCCUUGA